AUGAGAGUGUUGAUAGAUCAGGGGAGUGGUGCUGAGGUGAUGUAUCUCGACCUAUUCAAAGGGCUCGGCCUGAAGAAUGAAGAUCUCUCUAGGUACGAUACACCCCUGAUGGGGUUUGAUAGCUGUAUGGUGAUCCCAGAAGGGCAGAUCUCGCUUCCUGUGAAUAUGGAAGGUAAGGAGGUGAUGGUAAUGUUCAUAGUGGUCGCUUCUUUCUCUCCGUACACUGCGAUCCUUGGAAGGCCGUGGAUUCAUGCAAUGGGGGCUGUACUGUCCACCCUACAUGUAAAGGUCAAGUUUUGCACUGAGCAGGAAAUUACCAUAGUAAGGGGCAAUCAACAAGUGGCCAGGCAGUGCUUGGUAGCUGCAAUUGACCAAGGAAUCAAGCAAAAGGAGUCAACCAAGGAGACUCCCUUAUAUGUGAAGGAUGAAAAGAGGAUAGAGAUGUUGCUAUUUCUUGUGCAGAACGUAGACGUGUUCACUUGGAGCUCGUAUGAGGUGCUCGGGGUGGACCCCGAGUUCAUAGUUCACAAGCUCAACGUGGAUCCCUUAUACCUGCCUAAGAAGCAGAAGCCGAGGAGAUCGGCUAAGGAGCACAUCGAUGUUGUUAGGCAAGAGAUCAAGAGAUUGAAGGAAGUUGGGGCUAUCAAGGAGAUUUUCUUCUCGGAGUGGCUCGCAAAUACCUUGGUGGUAAAAAAGAAGAACAGUAAAUGGAGGGUCUGCGUUGACUUUACUGACCUGAACCGAGCGUGUCCAAAGGAUCCUUUUCCCAUGCCGAAGAUUGAUCAGUUGGUAGAUGCCACCUAUGGGCACCCAAGGAUGAGCUUUUUGGACGUUUUUCAAGGUUAUCAUCAGAUUGCCCUAGCUGCCGAGGACCAGGAGAAGACAACAUUUAUAAUCUCAAUCACCGGGCGGGCGGAAAUCUAA